AUGAACCUCUUCCUACGACCCCGCAGACGCAAUACUGUCCAAGACAAAUUGGUAGACGGUAUCUCCGUGCUUCCCUCCGAAAUAUGGCCCGAAAUACUCGGUUAUCUCGACGAUGCGACCUUACUCUCUGCCGCUCACGUUUGCCGCACCUUCAACCGGACUUGCAGCGAGCUUCAUAUGUUGCGAUAUGGAGCCUCGUUAUGCCAGCUUGAAGCAGGCACCGCUGUAAUUCGUUAUCCUACUCCUCAAGCUCUCACUUCACUUCGGACCUCCCUCCACCUCCAGCCGAACCUGAAACUUCUUUCCUGCCGAUUGGUAGUCGACGAGACUUUCUUUGCCACUCUGGGAAGCCUGUGCCGUACCGUAGAAAGACUACCAAAGCUGGAGGCGGUUCAUUUCGGUGUCAAACAGACCGGUUGGCUGCAAAAAUGUCACUUGGACCAAUACGCCAAUCUCUUCCACGACCUCAUGUUUGCGAUGACUUCGAAAGGCGAUGGUCAUGUCGUUCAUAUCGACCCUGGGACGCGCCACGACCCGAAUGGCGUUCCUCGGGGGCGUAUAUCCGUUUCGUCGACCAGAAAUCUCUGCCACGAACAGAUGACUCCAAUAUAUCGGCCGCUGCCUCGGCCAAAUCCCCUUGCACGACUGGGUGCUUUUCUUGGCCUCAGAAAAUUGACCCGAAACCGCACACGUAUCGCCGUUCCAACCGUAGAACUUUCCAACAAGGCAAACGAGAAACAAGCCCGAGAAUGGCUCCUCCAGAUCGAGCGAAAGUCGUGGUGCGAUAUCGCCGAAUUCGAGCACGUGAUCGUCGGCAUUAUCGACAUCGGAACAAAAAACCAAACAGAGAGGCUGGCGGUAGCUGCGGUGAAUCCACAUCGCACUCUAUCGCUCCGCAUUCGACGGACCCGGUGGUGUGGUCGAUAUGCUAAAUAUCAACACCAGCGACUGAUCAACGAGGCUCUCCCGUAUCUUCACCUGCCUCAUCUCAAAUCCGUCAGCAUUGACGCUAUGAACCUCGACUCCACUGUGUUCACGAGAUUUUUGACGCGCCAUGCCGAGACCCUAGAGCAGCUCUCUUCAGAGGCAAUCGGGGUCGAGCCUCAUUAUCCGCAUCUCAAUCUUGACACGGCGAUUUUUUCUGUAAAACCUCUCCCCAACGUGUCGUAUCUCAGAGCGCGGUCAUGUGCUGGUCUGCUUCCGCUCCUGAAGUCAAUCUCAUCCACGGAGCCAUGCACAUUAGAAGUCACCUUCGAACGCUGGAAUCCGCUACUCAAGCAAGCCCGCCUCCCCAUACUGCUGGCUGCCGAACGGGCCCUUCUCCAUCGAAUCGCCACGCGCACCGGCGUCACCACGCUCAAAAUUUCGGUCGAACUCGCCGACAAACCGACGCUGGACGAAAUCGACAUCGCACUUGCCAGAUCGCUCCGCUGCGUAUCCACCGUCCACUUGAGCUGCAUGAACGUGGGGGUGCUAGGCUGGCUAUCGUACCUUCCCGCCCUGAAGGUGUUGCUUGUCGACAGAGAGAGCCCCAUCCAGCCUACGGAUGAAGGGGUAUUUCUGGAUCGCGCUCAAGCUAUGUUUUCUGAGAGGGGUGUUUCCGUUGCUCUCCACUGA